AUGCGCCUCUGGGGCUGCAUACCACUCACUCUCCUGGCUCUCGUAGCUCUAUCGACGACUACCCAAGUCCCAUGGAAUUCAGAUGCAACCACCCAGUCCACUACAUUAGUCGACGUUCUCAAUGCUGAUGAGGACUAUACGUCACUCCUUAUUCUCCUGCAGAAAGCUAAACUCAUCCCAACGUUGAACAAGUUGAAUGGCAGCACCCUUUUCGCGCCAACUAACGACGCAAUCAAACGUCAUGAUUCUUGGCAGUCGGUCCUCGGGAAUCCUGACUCGCUCAAAGACAAUGUGCAAGAGGAGCUACGUCAAGAGCUGUUCUACCACCUCCUCAACUACUCCGUAGCUCAAGAACCAAACGACUUGACCACACACGUUCACGACACACUCCACUUCCCCAAACUCUCCCUGGAUCCUCCUACUAAUGAACCUCCGCCUUUUCCCCCGUGGAUGCCACUGCCCGUGAGCACUUUAGGCAACGAACCUCAGAAGUUACGCCUCACUUCACGAGAUGGCGUAGCCUGGGUCGGUGUCGACGCUUUUGGCAAAGGCGGUAUUGAAAUAAAGAAGAGUAGUGAAGCGAAGAACGGUGUCGUGUACGGGAUUCCUAGUGUUCUUGAGGUUCCACCCCACCUUGGUCACGUCCUGGCCCGUGAACCGUCGUUGUCAUAUUUCCAGAAGAUCCUCACACCUAGCAUACUCAAUGCCAUCAACUCUACCUCUGAGCUUACGUUGUUCAUGCCCGUGGAUUCUGCAUGGCAGGCACUCGAUUCAAUUGAACGGCUAUACCUCGAAAGUCAAUUUGCGGCAGAUGAUCUCCUGCGUAUACUCAACAUGCAUGCUGUUGUCGAGAAGAGCGUCAGAUGGUUUAGCACUUUCAACUCUACCGCCAACCUGACUACUGAAUAUGGAUCUAAGUUGGAAGUCGUCGUCUCCGAAGGGAAGACCACCGUGUCAGGCGCUACCCUUUCGCAGCCCGAUAUCUACGCAAGUAAUGGAGUUUUACACCUCGUGUCUUCUCUACUGGUUCCACUAGGCGCCCUUCAGCUAACCCCUGAGAAAUAUCUUCUUGCGCUCAACUGCACUUCGUUCAUCUCUCUUAUACACUCAGUCAAUCUUACCCAUCUCAUCAAUGAUACCGAGACUCAUUACACCAUCCUAGCACCGAAGGACGACGUUUUAUCCGUUUUCGAGCAUGACGGGUUACCCAAACAGGGUAGCAAUGAGCUGAAGAGGAUGUUGCAAUAUCAUUUUCUCCCUGGCAAAUGGACGCCCAAGAAGUUGACGGAUGGCAUGCUACUAGAAAGCGUACUUCGGGAGCCGGGGCUUGACGACGGGAGACAGGUCAUGCAAGUAGAUGUCAACGGCGGUGAGAAGGAGGAUGCUCCAUCCAGACAUAUAAGUUUUGGUGGAGCUGGCAUUAUUGGGGAUCACAUGGUUAUCAACAACACUGUUGUCUACUUUAUCUCGCGACCUCUGGAACCACCCGUGGACCCACUUCAAACAGCUCUACCCUCUCUUGAGUUGUCUUCGUUCCUUGCUGCAGUCUUCUCCACGUCCAUCGCAGAAGUCAUCAAGAAGACACCCCGUGCAACAUUCCUCAUCCCUCACAAUGAUGCUUUCAAGCGGCUCGGUAAGCUGGUCAGCGACCACCUGCUAGCCGCUUCAUCCAAGACGGAUCUAGAGCACCUCAUAAUGCACCAUAUCAUAGACGGUAUCGAAUACACCCAGAGCCUCGUUAACGGCUCUUCGCACACAUUUGCCACGCUUGAAGGAUCCGAUUUACAACUGGAGCGCCUAGCAAAUAGAUCCGUUGUCGUUAGCGCCAGCGGUGGCUGGGCUGGCAUGAAGAGCGCGUUAUAUCCGAAAAACUUGCUUACCGAAACUGGCGUGAUACACGAGCUUUCAGACCUUAUGGUUCCGCGAUCUGUGGAGUUGAAUGUAGGAAAGCUUAUGAAAGCGGCCAAGGCCACUACUAUGAUCAAUAUGGUCACGAAGGCUGGAUUCGACUGGAUCCUGAAUGGCACCGCUCCUCCUGAAGGUUCAGAGUGGGCGGACCUGGGUCUAAGUGGGGCAAGUUGGACCGUACUUUGCCCAACGGAUGAUGCAUUCAAGAAUUACAACCUUACGCAGCUCCUCGAGAAUAUCGAAGUUCUUCGUGCGAUCAUCAGCCAACACCUCAUUCCCACUCAACCAUCCGCAGGAGACUCUGACUCAUUUGACGUCUUCGACGUCCUGAACAACAACCGCCCCCUUCCGCUAGAAAAUUUGGGUGACUAUCCCACUCUCCUCUCGCCUCAUUCGGCGUAUGGUGAUAUUGUUUUCCGCGCGUUGGACGACAAGGCAUCCCAAUACAUGGUCGGGAUAAAGAACGCAAGGGGGACAAACAAACAAGCUGACUGGGCACGAGUCCUAACGUGGGGUCGCGCAACUACAGGUGGAGGUACGGGCGGCGUUAUCACUAUCGACCGCAUGCUUGCCCCGUAUCAUCCGCCAUGGUGGAUUGAAUAUUUCGCGCCAUCCUUCGUGGGGGCGCUUGGUGUUGGCGAAGCACCAGCAGCCGAGGAAACCAAGAACUCAGCAAUUGACAACGUAAAAUCGUUCAUUGCAGGAGGUUUUGGAGGAGUUUCCGCUGUCCUUGUGGGGCAUCCUUUUGACCUGACCAAGACGCGGUUACAGACUGCAGCUCCUGGCGCAUACACCGGUGCAGUUGACGUUGUCAGAAAAACGUUGGCUCGAGAUGGUGUUACUGGCUUGUACCGUGGAAUGGUACCUCCGCUCCUGGGAGUCACUCCGAUAUUUGCAGUGUCCUUCUGGGCGUACGAUGCCUCCAAGAAUUUGAUACUCACACUCACACCCAAUCGUACAUCCGAGAAAUUGUCUACAGCAGAACUUGCCGCUGCUGGUUUCAUGUCUGCCGUGCCAACGACACUCAUAACUGCACCUGUUGAGCGAGCGAAGGUUCUGCUGCAGGUGCAAGGUCAAGGAGGUUCAGGGCCUCAAUACAAAGGUGUCUUCGAUGUUAUGAAGCACCUUUACAGAGAAGGAGGCAUACGGAGUAUCUUCCGAGGCACCGGUGCAACUAUCGCUCGUGAUGGACCAGGUAGUGCCGUCUACUUUGCGGCGUAUGAAGUCACCAAGAAGGCCCUGAUGCCGGCUGGGUCGUCAGCAGGAGACCUCAACCUCGGCGCCAUCAUGUUCGCAGGCGGAACUGCAGGUGUCGCAAUGUGGUCAAUAGCUAUACCCCCAGAUGUUUUGAAAUCCCGCAUACAAUCUGCACCUUCUGGCACAUAUUCUGGACUUUUCGAUUGCUUUAGAAAAACUGUAGCGCGUGAUGGGGUCACUGCAUUGUGGAAAGGUCUUGGUCCUGCGAUGGCUAGAGCAUUCCCAGCUAAUGCUGCUACAUUCCUUGGUGUAGAAGCCUCGCGCAAGUUGAUGGAUGGAUUCUUCUAA